UACCCUUCUCAGCGUUUUCUGGGUGAGGUGAUAGCUCGAAGCCUCAAUGCCGGUGCCUACCUUAUUGCGGCUGUAGCUGCUUCUGGCCAUAGCCCGCCCCUACGAUGUCCUUAUUGGACUCCCGGCCAAGGGGGUGUUGCUGCGAUGAUAGCAGCAGGGCGAGCAGUGCAUUGAUAUGCUGGAUCUGCAGAGCGUUGUGUAAGAAGGAGCUGCAGGGAGUGAAGGAGAAUUAAACAAGAUCACAUUUCUCCUUUGCGAAUUUAAGAGUCUGCCCAAGGAUGCUUUGCAGUAGAGAGAGAUUUCCCUUGCUUUGGAACUGGGAAGAAUGACCAGGAAAAGGAUCUGAUUUGCUUGCUUUGGUUUACCAAGAGAACUUCUGGGAGAAAAUAAGAACACAGCCUGGAAAUUGAGCUUUCCUGUGGCUCCCCAGCUGCUUACCUGUGCAGAGAUCAUGGUGGCUUUAUUUUGGUUCAGCUUGAAACCAGAGAAUGCAUAUGAAUUUAGUGCCUGCACCGGUGUUAAGCAGGGUAGGAAAGAGUGAGUAUCACAGGAACUGCAGACUGGUCACCCUCAUCCUGGUCUCUGGGAAGGCAAUGCAGCAAGUCCUCCUGGAAGACAUGCAAGCAUGUAAGUCAGGUUAACAAAAUGUUUGGGAUUGUGGUGGUUGGAGUUGGAAUUGCUGGCUUAGCACGUAUUCGAGAUUUGAUGAAUCCAAUACCUUCAAGCCCUUCAGAGCAUCUGAAGCUCCUUGGAUUUGUAUCCAGGAGAAGUUUUGGCAGUAUUAAUGAGGCCAAGCAGAUUAGCCUGGAAGAUGCUCUAAGAAGUGAAGAGAUUCAUGCAGCCUUUAUCAGCACAGAAAACAGAAGCCAUGAGGAAACCAUCAGAAUGUUUUUAGAAGCUGGGAAACAUGUCCUUGUUGAGUACCCCAUGGCUUUGUCUGCUAAGGCCUCCCAUGAGCUCUGGGAGAUGGCUGAGCAAAAAGGUAAAGUCCUCCACGUGGAGCAUAUUGAACUUCUGACUGAAGAAUACAAGCAGCUAAAGAAGGAGGUGGUUGGGAAAAACCUAGUGAAGGGAGUGUUACAUUUCACAGGCAGUGUCCUCGAUGAAACAAAAGCAGGAUUCCCAGCUUUCAGUGGAAUUGCCCGACUGACUUGGCUGAUUGACCUCUUCGGAGACCUCACUGUUACCUCUGCCUCCAGAGAAGAACAGAAGGAUAAGAAUUAUUCUAGAAUGACUGUUCAUUUUCAGACUGCAGACAAGAAGCCUCUGACUUGGAUUGAAGAAAGAGGACCAGGGAUGAGACGUGAAAAGAAAAUCAAUUUCUGUUUCACCAGUGGUUGCAUGGAGAACCUCCCUCAAGCCCCAAGGUCUGCUGUGGGCCUUUUCAUGCAGGAUCAGAACCUCUUUGCCAAAAAACUGCUGGGACAGGUAUCCAAAGAGGAGCUGGCUGCUGAGAAAUGGCGAAUUUUGCGGUGUCUUGACCUUGCUGGGAUGAUUCAACAGCAGUGUGAACAGCCAGAGAAAAUCUGUUCUUGAGGGUGCUCUUCCAAGAGGCAGACUGGGAAGCUGUAGGUCUAGAGCUCAGUGUUGCCAUCAGGCAUUUGCUGUUUCGGCUUUAUUACAAUCUCUUUGACUGAAUGUGACUCCUAGGCUCUCUGUGUGACAUGGAGAACCUGGGGUAUGCCCCAUGCCUUCUGAUGUUUGCUGGAACAAAGCAGCGUUACUCUGCUCUGAUGCGUUGCUGUCCUUUCAGGCAGACAGGAACCUAGCAGCAACAAGGUUUCUUGUGGUUGCUUCCAAGCAGUUCAGUUGGUAAUGUUCCUGAGAUCAGAUCAUGGAGGACUGGAAAUACAUAACAUGAUUUUCUUUCUUGAGUAUUCUUUCUCUUCUAUUUAGAUAUAUCUGAAAAUGAGACCUAUAGGAUUAUCUAGAACAAAUUUCUAAAUGAGUUUUCAACCUUUCUGCUUGAUCUGCAAAAGCUGUACCACCUCAGUCCCAACUUUUUUCUUCUGGGUACUCUGAACUGCUUUAUGUGUUUGCUCUUAUUAGAAAUUGUGCCUGUUUUGUUUUGUGUUUCACACUGGAAAUCAUCUACCUUCAAAUAGAAUCUAUAAUGGUAUCAAACCAGAAUAGAAAUGUUUUGUUUCUGACAGGUGACAUGUUAAGUUAAUUCUACUUGUCUGGUGUCCUGUGCCAACACAGAAGUGUUUUUCCUGCAGAGAUUGAAACAAUAUAUUGAAUUAAUACAUCACCUGAUUACUUUCCUUUUUCUUUUUUUUUUUCUUUUUUUCUGUCUCUCUCUUUUGUGUGUGUGUUUGUAUUGGGGGUACUGUGUUACUGUCCUUCAUUUGUGUUCUGUAUUCUGAUUCAGCAUGUGAACGAUUCUCACCUAAAAAUAAUGUAUGUCCUGAUAUUAAGAAAAAAGUAACUAGUGUUCUCCUGGAAACUGUAAAAUUCAUUAGAAAUAGUGAUAAAAUUAGAAUAGAACUGUAGAAAAUUGAGCAAUUUGCAAAUAUAGCCAUGCAAUUACCAAUUAUCACACCUAUGGGGAUGGGUGUUUAGCAUUUUACAGUAGUCCCAGGGUUACAUAUGAAGACAUUAUCACUUCCCUAAAAAAUCAUUUUAUUUGAGAAGCCUGAAUGGUGUUCAAAACUAUUAGCAAUUUCUCUGUUUGCCUUUUAUUUUCUAAUUACAGCAUUUGCUACAAGCACACUUCAGUCUGCACAGUUAGUUGUUCUUUAAAAUGCAGAACCAUCAUCUCUUUACUAUUUUAUCACUUGGGCAAUUUUUAAUAGGACUUUAUGUGUUAUGAAUGUUUAUAUAACUACUACCACACAAUACUGAUGGAAAAAGAUUUUCCAUUAAGUCAAUCAUGUUUAUUCUGAAGUUAGUCACAGUUCAGUUAGAGUUUGAGUCAGAAAAAGAAGGAAAGGCUGCAUUUUUUCUUUCUUCAAAUAAUUCAGAUUUUAGGAACAACUAGGGCUUGAUAUGUAAAUGAAUUCUCCAAACAAAAUAUGUUUAAAUCUAUUAUAUCUGUUAAAAUAAGUGAAAAGCAUUUCAAGUGUUUGAAAUCCAUGUGUGUCACCAGCAGAUCUGUGAAGGCAGAUCAUGUGCUUGUCCACCCCAACAGAUCCCUUACUGAGAGUUCUCAGUGACUUAUUUGUGACUGUAAUGGACUUUGCUUGGGUGGACCUGAUGCUGAAUGAGUGGAAAGGAUUUUAUCCCAACUGGAUUCAUGGCAAAACACAAGAAGUCCAUCCUGGAUCAAAAUGAAAUUAAAAUCUGCUGUGUAUGUGUAUCCACUACAUAUGACAGAACACGCAAUUUCCUGUUUACUGUCAAACUCCACAUCUGUAAGUCUGGGGUGAAUACCACUUAGUAACUGACAGUGGGUAGUCAGUGAGGGACAGCAAAGGGAGGGGAGAUUUCAUGCUCAGGUGUCAAACUCACCAAGAAAAAACUGGAGUUCUUAAUAAUUCCUUUUUGUUCUGUUGUCCUUCGUUAGGAAUUCCCAUUGUCUGGGCUGAAAAUGUCUCUGUCCAAAAGGGUUCUAUUCCCCUUUUCACUCCUUAUGCCCUGUGAAGUCCUGCCAGCAACUGCAUGCUGUGAUCCUUUUCUAAAGCCCACAGCUGUCUCCUCCUGUUUCAGAGUUUUGAAUACAGGUGUCCUGGGGUCAGAGACCUUAUCUCAGUUUGUGAUCCCUCCCACAAAAUUCCUGCUCCUCUGCUCCUAGUCUGCCCCCUGCCCACGAAUUCAUGAAAGUUUAAAUCUCAGCUGGGCACUUCCAGUUUUCUAUACAAAAGCUGAUUAUUUUGAGUACCCUUUUUGAAUAUGAUAAAUAUAAUCUAAAACAGGUGUUGAAAGAGGUUUCUUUGUGGUUUAAUGUAGCUUAGUAAUAGCAGAAAUACUUUCAGAAGAAUUUCUCGGAUAGAAUUUGGCACAGUCUGAACCAAGCUAGUUUAUAGGAGUAUGAAAAAGCUAAGUAUGAGGUAUAGCAUGGGCAGGUUGGCAUAUGUUCUUUUUAUCUGGUUUGCUGCUACUUCUGCUGGAACUGUCCCUGCUCCUGUGGCACAGCUGAGGAAGUCCACUGACGUAUGCUUUGUUAAUUCUGCUUAAUGCUAUGGAGUUGAUGCAGAAAGCGCUAUAUUGUAAAAUGUUCCUGCGUGAAGGAGGAGGCCUCCUCAAGGCUGGAGCUUUGUCUCUUGCCAUGGAGCCACUAUAUCCAUUCAACUGAACAGCUCAGCUGAAAUGUACAGGAGUUGGUUUGUUCCAAACUCAUUUUCAGAGAGAGAUAAAGGAAAUGGAAAAUUUCCAUGGAGCAAAGAAACAAGGAUGUGAGAUCUCUGCAGGAAGCUCUCAGUCAAGAUGUUAGGUCCCUUCAGGCUGGCAGCACAGUCUUUAGCCUCACAAUGUACUGGUGAGUGGCCCACAGUUGCAGCCUAGAGAGACAACUGACUUCAUGUUUCCAGCAGGCAAGAGAUCUGCACACUGUGGUAUGUAGUAUGCUAUGGAAAAUGAAUAAAAUUUGACAACAGAAAGCUAAGUGGAUUCAGAAAAAUAACUUAAGAUUUUUGACAAAGGAAGCAAUUUCUUUGGCUAGCAUUAAGCACUGGAAGCUGUUAUCUGUAGAGACUGGAUUAAAUGAAAUUACAGGUGUCUGUUGACAAACCUGUAUUUUCACUCAUGGAAGUUACUCAGCACAGGUAUGAUCAGAGCAAAAUUCAGCCCUAAAUCAGAAGACAGGAGGUGUCUGUGCACUACACCGUGGUUUUGUACAAAAUACCUGAGUCAGCUCUGAAUGGCCUCCCUCAGGUACUAGACAGGGCUGGUUUGGGUAAUUUCACCUGAAUAAAUGUGUCCUGCUCCUCAGUGAUGUUUGCCCAUGUGGACAUACAGGUCAAACUGAAGGGCUUGGUCAGCUUCUGGUUUUCCACCUAAAACUGCCUGCAUCAAAAGUAUUUUCUCACUGUUCACACUUAAUGGUGGAGCACCAAUAAGAACUGUAGCUUCUGCUUUCCUGCUGACCCAUGCUGAUUAAAACCAACACUUCUGAACAGAGGCAUAAGGCUCAUGAGGUUUGGGGCUGCCACGUAGCAGUGCUUGUGAAGCUGUGGGAAUGCUGCCUGUGUCACAGCUGGCACAGCUCUUCACUUAGUGCUUCUUGUCCAUGUCCUAACAAUGCAUACACCUGACUGGGACCCAACUGUGUGCAGGUAAAUGAGAAAAGAAACUUCAAAACCAUAACUGCAGUCCAAAAUAUUGUAAUUAGGAACUUCAAAUAAUAGCCUCUGAACAUACCUGCUAGCUCUUAUAACUAGUAUAUAUAGCCUGAUGUAGAGAAUGUGUUUAGUCCUGGUUACUGCUUCAAAACUUCUUUGGAAAUUGAUACUCAGAGCAUUACAGGUGGCAUUCAGUAUGAACUGACUUUCUGAUUUUGUUGCUGCUGCUAUUUUUGCAAGCUGCCUACUAAUGCUGCUGUUUGCCAUACCUAGUGUGAAUUGUCAUCCUAUUGACUCACCAGAGAGUCACCGCUUUUCCCUGGUACAGGUUCCCAUAUAAAGAGAACAGCAACUGGUCUGUAAAGCAGCUAUAUUACCUCCAUAUAAUGAACAACUAGUACAGUAAAUUGGGGCUUUAUGAUGCUUUAUAUAUGGGUGUUAUCCAUGCAAGAGAUAAAUAAAAAUAAUUCUUAAAUGUUGUGUUAAAUACCAACAGAUAAUCAAGAAAAAAUUACAACAGAUCAUGCAGAAGUAAUGUCCUUCAUGGAUAAUGUAUCACUUGGGAUAUCUGAAAGCCAGUUCAAUGUUUGUAUUUUAAGGACUGUGGACAAAAAUAGUCAUGAGAUAAAUCAGAGCUUAAUUAAAAAAAAACAACAAACCAACACAAAAAAACCCACAAAAAACUCAGAAGAACACAACAAACUAAAAAAAAAAUCUAGCUAAAAUUGCAUGUGAAAUUUGAAUUCAGUGUCUCUAUUUACUAAAUUAAAGUACUGUGAUGAAAAUGAUAAAUAAAGCAGUGCACUUUUGCGACCUAAAUUUAGUAUGAAGUUGCUGAAACUGCGGGAAGCUUUUUGCAGAAUGGCUGGAACCAGAUCUUUCCUAACUGAUGAAAAACUUUUCAUAGCCCUGAUUUCUCAUAGAAUGGUUUGUUCAUGUUACUGUGUUUAUUCCAGUGUAGUUCCCUCCAAAGAAUAAUUAAAUGAAUGCCUGGAAGUUUAAAAACUACUUUCUUAACAAGGAAACAAUUUUAAAUACAGCACAUUUUAAGGAUAAAUAUGCUAUUUUUUCUUCUCUAUUCAGCAUAUUGAACAUAAUUCUGCAUUACUGCCCUGUGGAAACAGCUGAAGGAUGAACAAGUUUCAAAAUUACCCUAGAAAACCAAGGGUAAGAAUUAUAGAAAGAAGGACAACAGUAACCUGGAAUUUGGAGGAUUUUAUUGUCCCUAAUAGAAAGAAGAAUGCACCUCAGGUGUCUCAGGCCACAAUACCUUAGACAUCAGAGGUAAAAGACCUGACUCUAGCCCAAUUUAUGGCGUGACAAGGGAUGUCAGUCCCCCCAGGGCCUCCAGAUGGGACCGGAGGCCCUAUGUAGAAUUAACAAUAUUUUGGUCCAGGAAAAAUAUUCAGAAGGUUAUGGCCCUAGUUGAUACAGGGGCAGAAGCAUCCAUAAUUUACAGUGAUCCAGCUAAAUUUAAGGGUAACAGAGUGAUGAUUGGAGGUUUUGGGGGACAGACCAUUCCAGUCACCCAAACCUGGUUGAAACUGGGGGUUGGGUGUCUCCCACCUUGGGAAUAUAAGGUGUCUAUUGCCCCAGUCCUAGAAUAUAUUCUGGGCAUAGAUAUCCUAUGGGGUCUGGCUCUCCAGAUGACUGUGGGAGAGUUCAGACUCUGACAAAGAUGUAUUAGUAUCUGGGCGGUACAGGCAAUAUUGAGAGGCCAUGCAAAACGUGAGCCUAUUUGUCUUCCAAAACUACGCUGGAUUACUAAUGUGAAGCAAUAUAGGCUCCCGGGUGGGCAAAAGGAAAUACUGAGAACAGUGUAGGAACUGGAAAAAGUAGGUAUUAUAAGGUCUGCACAUAGCCCGUAUAAUUCCCCUAUAUGGCCAGUGCAGAAGUCGGAUGGAACAUGGAGUACGACAGUGGAUUAUAGAGAACUGAACAAGGUUACACCACCUAUUCAUGCGGCCAUACCCAAUAUUGCCUCUCUAAUGGAUACAUUGAGUAAUCAAAACACACCAUUGCGUCCUAGACUUGGCAAAUGCAUUCUUUAGUAUUCUGAUUGCUGAGGAAUCUCAAGAUCAGUUUGCAUUUACAUGGGAAGGCAGACAAUAGACCUUUCAGGUCCUGCCACAAGGGUACGUGCAUUCACCCACAUACUGUCAUAAUUUAGUGGCACGUGACCUGGCUAAAUGGGAAAAACCGGAUAAUGUCAAUUUAUAUCAUUUUAUUGAUGAUCUCCUGUUAAUAUCCAACUCAGAUGCAGUGGGACAAGAAGCAGAUUUGUUAACCACCUAUCUGCAGAAAAGAGGAUGGGACUCAUUUCACUGGUGCAACAAUAUAGUGUUGGGCAGAACAAUGCUGAAUGGUGAUUCCACUUGCCAUAUAAUCCAACGGGGGCAGGCUUCAUUGAAUGUUAUAAUGGUAUUCUCAAGGCUGUCCUGAGGACAGACUCCCAGUCCCUGCAGGGGUGGACAAAGAAACUCUACUUGAAAUUCUGUGGGACCUGAACGAAAGACCUCGAGAUGGCAGGCCUAGUGCCCUGAAAAUACUACAAACAGUAUGGGCCUAUCUACUUAGGAUCCAAAUUACAGGCACUGAUAAUCACAUAAGACCUCAUAUUGGUAAUGAAAAUAAUCUGCUCCCUGCCCCUGAGAAUUUAGAACCAGGAACCCAUAGGAUAAGGUGGCCUUGGAAGGUGCAGGAAGGACCUAAGUGGUGUGUGGCCUACUUGCACCUUGGGUGAGAUUGUUGGAGGUGGGAGGCUCAGUAGUUCCCUUGGUGAUAGGUACAUGGCCUACGGACACUGUGGUCAAUACUCUGAUCUUUAUUGCCAGAGGGACACCCAUUAUGUCCCUUUGGCAGAUCAAGAAGGCUCCUUUGGUGCCAGAUAUAGUUAUGCAACCACAGAUAUCUGGCCAAAGGGUAUGGUAUCGGCUACCGGGGCAUAAUCCGGUACAAGCUGAAGUAUUGACCCAAGAUAAGAAUACAGCCUGUAUCUUGCCCUUUGAUGGGCCUUCCCCUCCUAGUGCCUUUGAAACAUCUGUAUUACUCCCCCUAAGUCUUUGAGCUUCUAGGACCACUGGAAGAUGAUUCACAUGGGACUGAAAACACAGAUAGACUCACACCUCAUGAUUACUUGCCUCCUGUAACACCAAUCAAGCACUGUCCCACAGAAUAUCGUGAACUUCCAUCAGUCAUCAUUCAAAUUAUGUCAACAUAGAUUGCAACGGGAAAUUGUAUAAGCAUUGCGUUGGAUCUCUGUAAUAAGGAAAAGCUCACCUAAUCAUUGGUUCAUGCUGUGAAGGGGUGGAGUGUAAGGGAAAUGGUUGAUCACAGCCUAAACCUCUGAUUGACCACCUGAGGCAAGCAAUGAGUCAGCUGUGGGAGCACAGGUGAAGGUAAUUCAGCUGUGCUCCUGGAAGGGGUGGAGCUUGACUCCACCUCUUCUAGAUUUCAUUUAAGGGCUGACUACCACUAAGGCAGUGACUCUUUUUGGAGAUUGUUCCUUUGUGGAAUUCUGGUGGUAAGCCUCAACAUUUUCCAUCUUGACUGAAGGCCUCAGAGUUGCCACCAUGGCUUUCUGAGUACCUGCCUUUGCCAGCCCUAGUGGCAGUCCUACAGUAAGGAAGAGGACAUAUUUUAUAGUCAGGAGGAAAGAUGGAUUACGCUCCUGCUGCUGACUGGGAAACUCUGUACCCCUGAACUGAUGAAGGUGGACCCACCUGAGAGUAUUGAGGAGCUGACGGAGGUGGAUGCAGAGCUGGAGGAAGAGCUGAUAUUAGCAGAUUCACCUCCAUCAGGGCAGAAUCAUCACAGAACCAUUGCUCUCAGGGAGCUGGCAUUUUCCCCCAGGGAAAUUUUUCUCCAUCUGCAUUGCUGUUCCAAAUCAGAGCUUCAGAGAAGCUGCAAGAACUCAUGGCUGGGGAGAGAUUAGAGGAGCCAAGGAUCAUCAUGUCCAAUGUGGAUUCAGAGAAGACAUAGAGACUAGAAGAGAAUAAAUUUUCCCUUGAAACAGUC